AUGGACCGCGACGAAUUCCGAACGGCGGCGCAUGCCGCAAUUGACGACAUCUUGGGCUAUUUCGACAGCGUGCCCGAUCGAAGAGUUCUCCCCGCACUUGAACCCGGAUACCUUCGGCCUCUGAUCCCCGAGAACCCGCCUGCAGAACCGGAGACCUGGGAGCAGAUCCAACAGGAUGUCGACACAAAGAUUAAGCCAGGCUUGACCCAUUGGCAGUCGCCGAACUUCAUGGCCUAUUACCCCGCGAGCGUAACAUACCCCAGUAUCCUUGGUGAGAUGUACUCCGCGGCAUUCACAGCGCCAGCAUUCAAUUGGCUAUGCUCGCCGGCUUGCACGGAGAUGGAAACUAUCGUUAUGGACUGGGUUGCUAAGGCACUUGGACUUCCCGCGUGCUUCCUGAGCACCUCUGAGAACCUUGGUGGUGGUGUAAUUCAAAAUAGUGCUAGUGAUGCUAUCGCCACCAUGAUGGUCGCGGCGCGUGAGCGACGAGUCCGUGAGUUGGUGUUGGCUGAAGGUCUUGAGGAAGGUACUACAGAAUACGAGGAGCGUAAGAUGGAUCGCCAACCCCGGCUCGUGGCUAUCGCGAGUGAUCAAACACAUAGCAGUGCAGCUAAGGGUGCAUUGAUUGCUGGAACACGUUUCCGUAGCGUAUCUACCCGAUUGGAAGAUAAUAUGGAGAUGACAGGACCUCGUCUGCGUGAGGUUUUAGAGAAGUGUGACAAAGAUGGAUUGGUUCCUUACCAUUUGACCAUGACGUUCGGCACAACCAAUACUUGCAGCAUCGAUCGCUUUGCUGAAAUCAUGGCUGUGCUGCAGGAGAAACCUGCAUGGCAACGCAUCUGGGUCCAUGUCGAUGCUGCCUACGCGGGCGCCUCUCUCGUGGCCGAUGAGUGGCAGUACAUUGCUAAGGAAUUCGCUGAGGGUGUUGAUAGUUUCAACAUGAACAUGCACAAGUGGUUGCUAGUCAACUUCGAUGCGAGCGUUCUCUUUGUCCGCAAUCGACUUGAUCUCACUAAUGCCCUCGACAUCACCCCUACAUACCUCCGCAACCCAUACUCAGAUAUGGGUACUGUGAUUGAUUACCGCAACUGGUCUAUCUCUCUUGGUCGCCGUUUCCGAGCGCUGAAGAUUUGGUUUGUGAUGCGCAGUUAUGGCUUGAAUGGCAUGAAGGCACACAUUCGCAAGACCAUUGGUCUUGGUAAUAUCUUUGCUGAUCUCAUUCGUGGUCGCUCUGAUUUAUUCGAAAUUGCCACUAAGCCCGGUUUCGCUCUAACUGUCUUCCGCGUCAAGAACCCACAAGCAUCCAAUAGCGAUAGUGGUGCAGUCUGCGCCAAAGACGAGGUUGCGGAUGGGAUCACGAAAAAGGUUUACGAGUUGAUCAACUCCCGGGGUGAGAUCUUCAUUACUUCCACUGUUGUGGAUGGCGUCUAUGUCAUUCGAGUGGUCAGUGCGAACCCAAUGGCGGAAGAGAAAUAUGUUCGCAAUGCUUUUGAUAUAAUUGUUCGCACUACUGAAGAGGUUUUGCAACAAAAGUAA